ACACACACACACACACACACACACACAGACACAUGCAUGCACACACACAUAUACACACACGCACACACACAACUGUGCCCCACUUACACACACACACAUUUUUGCAGAAGAAUACAGCCAGUGGGAAACAGUGUGCUGCUCCCAUCCUGCUUCCUUGGGGUCGAGGAGAUGACAGACAUCCAGCUUUGUUGAAAAAUAGGAUCAUUUUAUUUUUCAAUCUGUCCCAGAGCUCAGCAUAGUCUGAUUCUCUGCACAAAGCAUGAUGCAGUGUCCUAACGGGAGGCAACCCACUGCUGCCUGCCCAUCUAUAGGUUUAAGAAAUGAGAUCAUUCCCCUCACUUGGCAACUAGGACAAGGGUCACCCCCUUCCCUCCCCCUCACUCUCCCUUACACCCCUUCUCCCCCCCCCCCCCCCGAGAACUGGCUUUCAAUCUAGUUUACCCUGGUCAUUUCAGGGUUAACAUCAUUGUGCUUUCUGGAGAUGGUCUUUUCUUCCUUUUUUAUAAAAUUGUUUUUUUUUCAAAUUUUGCAUUCGCCCUAAAAUAUAGCAUUGCUCCGAUGUCCCACUUACACCCUCUAAUCCUGGUAAGGUGUAUUAGCAGACAAGUGUACCUUCAAGCCCCGUGGAAAGUUAAUCAGAAAACAGAUCCUAUUUUCUACGGCAGCCUCAGUAUUUAACGUCUGCUAACCCUGUCAGAAACACACAUUCUUUUAAGGGGGGGAGAAGAAAACGCUUCUGUGCUCCAGUUAAUAAAAGCAAAGACUUUGUACUUCAGAAGCGAUGGGGGAAAUGAGCAGUCUUCCAACUCAAUUAUUUAAGAUCUGCCUCUGUGACUUCUUGAAGAUAAAGAUACACAUCAUGUCAUCUUCACAUCUCUUCUACCUGGCACUCUGCUUGCUCACCUUCACCAGCUCCACCACAGCUGGACCAGAGACCCUUUGCGGGGCUGAGCUGGUGGAUGCUCUUCAGUUCGUGUGUGGACCAAGGGGCUUUUACUUCAACAAGCCAACAGGCUACGGCUCCAGCAUUCGGAGGGCACCUCAGACAGGCAUUGUGGAUGAGUGCUGCUUCCGGAGCUGUGAUCUGAGGCGGCUGGAGAUGUACUGUGCCCCGCUGAAGCCUACAAAAUCAGCCCGCUCUAUCCGUGCCCAGCGCCACACCGACAUGCCCAAGACUCAGAAGGAAGUACAUUUGAAGAACACAAGUAGAGGCAGUGCAGGAAACAAGACCUACAGAAUGUAGGAGGAGCCUCCCAAGGAGCAGAAAAUGCCACGUCACCCCAGGAUCCUUUGCUGCCUGAGCAACCUGCAAAACAUCGAACCACCUACCAAAUGACAAUAAUAAGUUCAAUAACAUUUCAAAGAUGGGUGUUUCCCCCAAUGAAAUAUACAAGUAAACAUUCCAACAUUGUCUUUAGGAGUGUUUGUUUAAAAAGCUUUGCACCUUGAAAAAAAAAAAAACAGUGGUCCUGGCGUGGGUAGAUUGCUGUUGAUCCUUUAUUAAUAACGUUCUAUAGAGAAAAAAAUAUAUAUAUAAUUAUAUCUCCUAGUCCCUGCCUCUUAAGAGCCGAAAAUGCAUGGGUGUCGUAGAGAUUCAGUUGCACUAAAUUCCUCUCUGAUUUGGGCUGCUGAAGCCGUUCAUUUAGCAACUGUGUAGAGGUGGUUUAUGAAUGGUUCCUUUAUCUCCGCUUCUCCCCUCGUAGCUCAAGCUGAUCUAGUCUAGCUCCGUUAGCCCCGCCCUUUUCUAACAUUUGUAUUGGUUGAAUUUGGCCUCCUCAAAAGCAAAUAAGCAGUCAAGUGGCCCACCAAGUUUUAACGUACCUGACUCCAUCUGUGGCAUUUGUACAAAAUAUAAGUUGGAUGCAUUUAUUUUAGACACAAAGCUUUAUAUUUUUUUUUUUGACGUUGUGUUUCAAGAAGAAAAAAAAAUAGAAUAACAAUAACUACAACUUUGAGGCCAAUCAUUUUUAGGUGUGUGUUUGAAGCAUAGAGCGUCUCUUAAACUCUCAACAGUUCCUUCAAAUGAUAAGUUAGUAUGUAACCUAAGUAGCAGUUUCUCUUUUUUAUUUUUUUUCAUAUAGAGCACUAUGUAAAUUUAGCAUAUCAAUAAUACAGGAAAUAUCAAACAGUAUGUAAAACUCUGUUGUUGUUGUUUUUUAGUACAAUGGUGCUAUUUUGUAGUUUGUUAUAUGAAAGAAUCUAGUCAACACAGUAAAAGGAGAAAGCAAAGCAAAAACAAUGAAAGCCUGGAGCCUAAGAUGACAAAAUGAGGAAGGGAACUGAAAAAUAAAGAAAUCCAUCCUCCUGAAAGAUGCAAACACCUCCCCAAUUAUGCCUUCCAAGGGAAACUUAAGAUAUAAAGUCCAUUAAGACACACUUACUUGUCAAGUCCAGAGAGGAAGCUAUGGAGUGAGAAAAGCAAGAGGCUAGGGAUUUUAGGAGUCCUGGUUUCUUUUUAUCACCGAAGAAAUAAGUAUUUGCAACCUCGGUCACCCACGCUCACCACCAUGUGACCUCAGUCAAGUCACUCCACCUCUCGGUGCCUCAGUUUUCCUCAUCUGCAAAAUGGGGGCAAUAUGUCAUCUACCUACCUCAAAGGGGUGGUAUGAAGAUUAAAAAGUAGACCUUCAUAUUUUUGUUCUGGGUUUCCAGGAGGGUGCAAUGUCAGAAUUGCUAGGAUGCAAGGACUUCUGUAAAUAACUCAUUAAUGAUGUAGCUCUAAGGAUUGUUCAUCUGUCACUGGGAUGCCACCACCAUAUCCAAGUUCUUAUUGGUGAAGCUGUGCAACUAACUGUGACAAGUUAAUGACUCAGUCUCUCCAACAUGUCACAAGGCAAGAGACAUUUGAUUUGCAAUUUGAUUUUACUUCUGCAUUUGAGCUUAUGACUAUAAAAACAAGUGAAAAGAAAGAAAAGAUGAGAAAGAAGAUCCUUGCUAAGUAAAGGGUAAUCAAUUACUCUAUUUAUCCACUCUCAUUAAUCCUUCCAGUCACUUAGUAUCUAGAAAUAACUCUAACAUUAUCAAUGAGACUCUACUCAGUUUGCUAAACACAAUUCUCCUUCCACUUAGCAUAUGAAAACAGGCCCUGAUAUUCUUAAAUUUUGAAAUAGUAUCUAUUACAAUCACAAGUUGCUGUAGCAGACGUUGUCUUGCCCUUGCUUUUAUAUGCACAUACUUAUUUUUUAUUUUAUGAAAAUAUGCUGGCAAGAAUUGCUACUUGAGAGGCAAAAUUUUUCCUUCUCAAGCCUGAGGUUGUCCCUAGUGUCUGCUUAGAAGAAAGAAUCCAGCUUCCUGGAAAUGUAUUGGGUACAUUCAUCUGGGCAUUGAUAACCAGAAACAUGUUCUUUGUUUAUGGAGCAAGAUUGUCUGCCUCUUUAAAAAAAAAUUCCAAUAUUCACAUUAUCUGCAGGCUUGAUUCUUUUUCUGCGAGCUUCCUUAAUAUUCUUAUAAAAUGUAUAAGAAAAA